UAAAGAACUCGCUCGCUGUGGGUUGUGGCCGACCCCAAUAGUGCUGCUCUGAAUCCGUUGUGGGCCAAGGAAACGCGCAUGCCGCCGCCGCCGCGAUCCUGCGUCGCCUGCAAGAAUUCCAAGACCAAGUGCGACUUUGACCCGCGGAGCGGCAAGAAAUGCACGAGGUGCGCGCGAAUUGGCCUGCGGUGCGAGCAGGCGGUGCCCAUCAAGCAGGGGAGGAGGACGGUGGGUCACGUGGGCGCGAGCAGCGUCGCUGCCGUGGGCGGGCACACCAUACACAGCUACAUUGGCGGCCAACCCACGUGCCACAUCAGCGCCUCGCAAGAGUGCGCGGCGGCGUUGGCGGCGGCGGCGGCGCAUCCGCCACUGAUGCAGCACAGGGCUGGCGGCGGCGGCGGCGCGGUCGGCGCAAUCGGCGCGGAGGUCGCGGUCGGUGCAGUCUGCGCGGAGGUCGCGGACGCGCCGGGCGGGGAGAUCGAGCAGUCCAUCGCGUUCCUCCGCAGCUUCGUGCUCCGGCCAGACGGAGAGGGCUCGCCGGCGCCGGACUCGCUGGUGUUCAUGCUGCGCUUCAACGCGGCGGUCGCGCGGAGCCGCAACUCGUUCGACGCGAUGAGCGGCGUCCUCCGCGCGUGCAGUGCGCUGGGUGUGCCGCUCCGGCACGUCCUCUCCAUGCCCGCGGCGGGGCAGGGGGCGGCAGGACCGCUCGAGCUGCCGGGCGAUGCGCAGGCGAUGCUCCACUGCUCGGCGGGGUACGUGCACGUGCGGCACUUGCGGGACGGCACGCCGCACCUGCGCUCCAACUUUGCGUGGGAGAGCGCCAUCCUGCCGAUGAGCGAGACGCUCGCCUCCAUCGAGAGCAGCGCCUCGCCCUGCCCGCUCGAGCGCGCGCUGCACCCGGAGGACCGGCCGCUCGCGCUGCAGCUGCUCGUCUCCAUCCCCCUCCUCGCGCCCGGCACCGAGUACUCGCUGCAGCUGCCGGCCCUAGAAGCGGAGCCCGCACUCUCGCACUCCAACAACCACGCUCGAGAGGACACGCACUCAGCCGUACUCGGCCGUACUCCGCUGUACUCACUGUGUCUGUGUCGCUCGUACUCACGCGCUGCUCUGAAGACUCUGCACGACACCGUGCUCCCGCCCCGAGGCUGGCGGACUCAGCACGUUGCCGGUACCGCUCCGGCUGUAUGACCGCUGCUACCACGACUACCGCCCCUGCCAGCUCCUCUCCCGCAUGAGCCUCUCCCCCGACGGGCGGAGCUGGACUUCCUCCGUCGAGCUCCUCCCGCUGCCGCCCUCGUACGCGCUCCACGCCGUCCCCGCCCGGGUCGGCCCUCACCCCCUCGGCGCGCACCCGCCGCCGGGACAUCCCGCCGUGCAGUGCGCGCACCUUCCUCCUCCCAGCCAGCGAGCCAGCGCGUCUCUGGCGGGAGGGGCAGGCACCCCCGCCGUCGGCCCGCUCGCGGCCUCGCCCGUCCCCCCCGGCCUCGCUUCUGCGGGCGUUGCUUCUGCGGGCGUUGCUUCUGCGGGCGUUGCUUCUGAGGGCGUUGCUUCUGAGGGCGUUGCUUCUGAGGGCGUUGCUUCUGAGGGCGUUGCUUCUGAGGGCGUUGCUUCUGAGGGCGCGCUGCUAAUGAGCGACCUGAUGAGCGAGGUGGCGUCCAGCGUCCUCGAGCCGUGGGUGGGGCAGUCGCUCUCUCUAGACACGCUCGAGUCGUGCUUCGACGCCCUCUCGUCGGAGGCGAUCGCCCUCGUCACCCUGCACGGCCUCGAGGAGGGGCCGGUCCGGCCAAAGUUCGAGCGCGUCUCGCGCCGGCUGGUCGACGCGUGGUGCGACUGGUUCCCGGGCGCGCGGGACGUGGUGCUGGAGGCGGAGGCGGGCCGCCCGCCGGGUGGCGGCGGCAGCUUGCUCGACGACUCGGCGUCCCUCGCCGCCCUGGCGGACAAGCUCUUCAGCCUGGUGAUCCUCCCCUCCAUUGGCGACGCCGCGGCGCACGACCUGCUCGACAUGGCGACGCACGGGCAGGCGAGGUCGCGCACCCGCUUCAACGGGCGCAUCCUCGCGGCCAAGGCCGUGGAGACGAGCAUUGCGGGCUGCUACCUCGUACACUUUAGUAGCGAGGACGCCGCCGCCGCCGACGAGGCGGAGGACGCCGCCGCCGCCGCUGCUGUGGAGGACGCGGGCGCCGCCGCCGCAGCCCCCGCCGCCACCGCCGCCGCUUGGGGCGGCCCCGCCUCCGAGGAAGCCUCGCUUGCACACUGCGCCUCGAUACCGCCCUCGCCGCCCGCGCCCGCGCUCCCAGCGCCGAAGCCGGCCGGCUCCAAGCAGGGCGGCGGCGGCGGCAGGCCGCAGCGGCUCAGCGGCGACGCGCGCCUCGCCGCGCGCCUCAAGCCUGCGGCUUUCGCCAGCCUGCUCGCCCUGUGUGUGGCCGCCGCUGGCAGUGAGGGGCCCGAUCCAGGGCUUCUUUUGGCCGCACAGGUGGGCGAGACCGUUGGGCUGAGGACGCACCUCCUCGUGCGCGCGCACGCCGGCGCCUUCCUGCACUUAUUCCUCUUCAUCGGCGGAAACUUUGCAUACCUCGGCAGCGAGCUCCCGGGGCCGUGCAAGGCGCCCUACCCUCGCGCCCUUCUCACCCUCAAGGCCUUCCGCAUCGCAGCGAUGACGGCCGUCGCCCUCUCGAAGGCUUGGUCCAACGCGCACUUGCCCCUCUCCUUCGCACGUCUGGUGGAGUGGCUGCUGCCGACGCUCUCCGCCGCAAUCGCCGUGUUCGGGAUCGCGUUCGCGUGCCGGAGGGCUUCGCCGUGGGCCGUGGCCCGCUUCGUGCUGUGCAGCGAGGCCGCGGCCCGGGUCGGGAUCCUCGUCGCUUCGCUCCUCCUCUCCUCCGACUCGCACUCGUCGGUCCCCUCCGUGCUGCCCUUCAGCUCUGGAAUCCGCAACGGAAGCUGCGACGUCACCGCCGUCGAGUCACUCCUCUUUUGGUGCCCCGUCUUGGCGCUGGGAACGCGCGUGUGGACGGUGGCCGAGUCUUGUGCGGCCGCGCUCCGGCUGCUGACCUCUCUACUCACAACAGAUGGUCUGCCCGCCACCGCCAUCGCGAAACCCUGCCGAACCCGGCCAAAC